AUUCACACUAAUGCCACCGCAACGCUUGGAUUCAGCUCGUUAUGCGCUAUAUGCGAAAGAAAAACCCUAAUAAAAUGUGAAGCAAUACGUUACUCCAGUGCAGAGAGAGGCCCAGACGCUUGGUUUGUGUUACGUGUCCGGUCACCACCGAUGAGCUCACCGGCGAGAUCAUCCGCAUCAGCGACGAGCGCAGGUCAAGGAGGCGGCGGCAGCACCAACGCCGCCUUCGGUGACGACACCUCCCCUUACCACUUCCCUACCGAUCUCGUCUCUCCUCAAGAGCGCAAGGAAGAAGCCCUCGCCGUUUUGAAGUCGGAUCUAAUGGAGGCGCUUCAGAAAGAGGUGAAAUCGCUGGACGAAGAUGAUUGGAUGUUUUCGGGUCCGCGAUCGCAAAUUAACCUAAUUUCGAGACCCGUUGGAAUGACGCUGGCUCCGGUGCACCAGCACAAUACUCCAUUGGAGAUUGGACAAGGGACGGGUUCUCAAGCUCCUCUAUGUGAAAUUCCUAGUCAAAGAUCCUAUAGGCAAGAGAGGGGUUAUCUCUAAUUUAUCGAAGGACAUCAACAAACUAGGUAGGAAAUUUGAUGCUGUCACCUGGGUAACCUGUGACCUACGAACAAAACUUGGACAUUAUUCCAGGUUGCAAACAGAUAACAAACUCACCUAAAUUCUGUCCCCUCAGGUAUGCUUGCAUUUACACAGGCAUAAACUUUAUGUGAAUCGCAGCGGCAGAAAGAUACUAGUCUGAGAUAUCCUUGCGUUACUUGGCUCCAUGAGGUUUCUGUGUGAAAGACAAUGAAUGGGUGAUUUUAGAUAAAAUUUUCUUUUUUAAGUACAAAGUAGGGACCUGUAGUGUAAUCUCAACACAAUUUUUAUAUAUCCAGUGAACAAACAAUCAGGACUUCUGUGGUUUCAGGUUGGCCGUGUUUGCUGUGGGAAUUUGUAUGAGAUUUUUAAGGUUUUAAUGUUUUAUGAUAUAUAAACAGUUUGUUUCCAAUUUUCCUGUUGCGUUGUAUGAGUGGAACUGUGUUGGAAAGUUACAGUUGAAUUUCUGUUUCAAGAAAACACUGAGAAUUUGAUUGAGUUUAUAAUACUGCUUCUUUUCACUAUCAUAGUUUUUCCGUUACUGACC